GGUUUGUACAUACCAGGGAUGUGCUGGUGCUUUGUCACAGAAGCCUUCUCUCUGUCAUCAGGUUUAUCUCUCAACCCUCUCUCUUGCUCCUGUAGAUGGGAGACUACCAGUAAGACCAGCCUUCCACCUUCUGCUGCCAUGAUGACCAGUCACUGCACGUUGUUGCCCGAAGUUUUGCCAAACCAGUGUCUAUCGGCCCACCUGAACUGCCGGCCUGAGCUAGACUCUGAGGCCCUGUGCGGCUUCUCUAAUGAGCCGCCUCUCCCAGGUAAAAUCAUGGAGGAGUGCAGCGUGUCAACCAGUGAGCAGCCUCGCUAUUACCCACAGGUGACGUCUCCAGGGUUGGAUGCAUACACCAAACGAUGUGCCGUGCCAGAAAACCCCAUGUGUCGUAUCUGUCACGACAGCGGCACCCAGGAGGAGCUGCUGUCCCCCUGUGAAUGCUCCGGGACCCUAGCCACCAUCCACCGCAGCUGUCUGGAACACUGGCUGUCUGCCUCAGGAACCAGCUUCUGUGAGCUCUGCCACUACCAGUUCACUGUGCAGAGGAAGUCCAGGUCACUGCUCGAGUGGCUGCAGAACCCAAGUCUUCGCCAGGAGAAGCGCACCCUGUUUGGUGACAUGGUGUGUUUCCUGCUCAUCACCCCUCUGGCCACCAUCUCCGGGUGGCUCUGUGUGCGCGGCGCCAUAGAUCACCUUCAGUUCUCCAGCCGACUGGAGGCCAUGGGGCUCAUCGCGCUCACUGUUGCUCUCCUCACCAUUUACCUCUUCUGGACCCUGGUUAGUAUGCUGUUAUAAAUGUAUGCAAUGUUU